AUGCCAGAACCAAACUCACAACCAUCUUCCCGGCCGCAAUCGGCGCAUUCCGUCCAUUCAUCAUGGUCGCAGCAAUCCACACCUCGCAAUGCCAACGAUGAGACCACGCCCCUGCUGGCCACCGACAACAAUCACAAUGUCGAAGCACAAGAUCAAGCCGAGCCUUCUGCCGAGUCGACGUCUCAGUCACAGUCGCCUGCCGUUGCUCGCUUGCUACACCUCUUUCAACCCCAGUCCAAGAGUUCACCAAGAUGGUCCAGCUUAUUAGCCUUACUGCUUCUUUGCAUUAUUGCCGUGCUCAUCAUGGUCCUGGGCUUUNUGGCCCCGUCUAAGGUCCAAGAGUACGCUGUUGAAGCCGCCACAUUCAAGCCUACCAGCUUAUCUAUACACUCUUUCACUUCCACGGGCGUUACCGCCAGGAUACAAGGUGACUUUUCUAUGUGCGCCGACAAAGUCAAAGAUAAGUCUGUUCGCCGCUUUGGUCGCUUUGGUACCUGGAUUGCCAGAAAGGUUGAGACUGGCCAGUCGUCUGUUCAGGUCACCCUUCCGGACUACAAGGACGCGCUUCUCGGAACUGCCGAGAUACCAUCGAUUGUAGCCGACAUCCGUAAUGGUCACACUACCCAUAUCGACUUCCUGACAGAGUUGUCUCCUGGUAACACCGACGCCAUAAGACGUCUUGCCAAAGACUUCAUUGAUGGAAAGCUACAAGAAUUGCGCGUAUCUGCCGAGGCUUCAGUCCCUAUCAAAUCAGGCCUCAUCAACCUUGGGAGACAAACCGUAUCCCGCGCUAUGGCUUUUGCGAACGAUAAAAUACCUUCCUUGCCAGAGUAUAAGAUUCACAAGCUCAAUUUCCGUGAAGUCGAACUACCUGACCUCCAGCGUGCUAUGGUAGCCGACGUUGCCAUUGAACUCGGUAAUGACUAUCCAUUGGAUUUUACGAUUCCUCCUCUUGGCUUCGCCAUUCUUGUCGACAACUGCCGGCCCUCGCAGCCUCUCAUUCAGUUGGCCGAUGCUACGACACCGAGCCUUUCUGUUAGACCGAAGGAAGACCUGAACGUCAGCGUCUCUGGUUUCGUAAGAAGGUUACCCCAGGCUUUCACCCAAGCCUGUCCCGGUUCACACGAGUCUCCUCUCGACAACUUGCUUGGCAGCUACAUCCAUGGGAAUGAUACUACUGUGUAUGUUAGAGGCUCGGAUUCUCCGUCCUUGGAUACACCCCGAUGGAUCACAGAUCUUAUGUCGGAUGUGACGGUGCCAGUUCCUUUCCCCGGACACACCUUUGGACAUCUAAUCAGGAACUUCACUAUGGCCGAUGUACACUUCGGAUUACCUGAUCCAUUUGCUGAGCCCAAUAGCCCGGAAGCACAACCCAGGAUUUCUGCUGUCAUCAAAGCACUGGUUGCUCUUCCGGAGGAGAUGAACUUUAACAUCAGUGUUGGCCGCGUGAGGGCAAACGCGGAUGUGUUUUACCACGGCGCCAAACUGGGGUAUCUCGAUCUAAGCAAAUGGCAAAACGCAAACUCGACUCGAAUCGCUUCGGCCAAAGACGAGGGUCCCCUACUGGCAGUACAAUCAGCAAUCGAGAAGGCUCCUCUGACCGUGACAGACGACGAUGUUUUUACCGAUGUUUUGAACGCACUGCUAUUUGGCGGCAAAGGAGUCGAAUUGGGCAUCAAGGCGGAUGUUGAUGUCGAGAUGGAGACUGCGCUCGGUCAAUUGGCUGUCAGGAAGAUUCCUGCCGAAGGCUCUGUGCCUGUCAAACGUUCGUGA